GGAGGCGGUGGUGGUGGUAGUAGUGGUGAACAGGCCCUGAUCCCCGGGCCAGCCGAGGUAAAGUAAUAGAUUGCCGCUGGAGUAGGAGAUCACACGGUUCGCUGAAUUGGGAAGAGGGAAAGAUGUCGGCGUCACCGAUCGCGAGGCAGGCGACCCAGAGCCAGAGCAUCCCAGCGUCCAAGAGUAUCGUCAUCCAGGACGCGAACCAGAUGCCCGCGGAUUAUUCAUCGACUCCCGGAGGCACUCUCUACUCGACUACGCCGGGAGGUACUCGCAUUGUUUAUGAACGAGCCUUCCUAAUGAAUUUGCGAAAUUCACCGAUUUCGCAAACACCACCAAAAAAUUUACCCUCUAUACCAACGAAUCUACUAAAAAGCACUGCGCCCGUCUCCAUAUCGUCAAUUAAAACAGCGAAUCCGCUAAUCAAAGAUGUGAUUGACGAUGCCUCGGAGCAAUUUGAAAUGGACAUGUGAACAAGGA